AUGGACCCUGAGUUCGCUGAUUUGCUCAUUGAGCAGCGACCACCCGUCCGAUUGUGGCUCGACGGGUUGGGAGUCUCAUCAGCUUCUGAUCUCCGCCACUUUUGGGCAUCCGCUGGCGAUCUGGCCGAAGAGUGGACUGCUGGGCCCGGCAAGACAUUAGAUCCUGACAUUGCUCUGGAGGUCGUUGCUCUUUAUCAGAAAGCCAAGUCUAGGGCGGAGUCUGCCUUACGUUCGACUGUGCGAAAGCUGACCCUGGAAAGGCAGUCCAGAUUCGAACCAAGCAGCUCCGUUAAGAGAACUUCUGAUGUUUCGCUGCCCCUCGCGACCCCUAAGGCUAAGAUAUUGAUUCCGCACCGGCACGCAGCAGCACCUGUGCCCGUUAUCACAGUUGCCGAUUCGGGGGCACAACCUGUGAUCAGUAUUCAAGAACAGAAGCCGAAGAAACUCCUUGCGCUGUUUAUGCUGGCUUGCGAGGUUUUCCUCAGCCUGGCGGACGUGGGGGCCCAGGGCCUCGAUUGGUCGGAUGCAUCGGCUGUAGCUGAAGUCGCAGGUCGUGCCAUGGUCGGGGCGCAGAGACUUUCAGUUCGGCGCAUUAGUGGGCUAGCGGCUACACUUAGGCGCUGGAAGUCUUUUGCUAAUGACUUGGGCCACGACAUUUCUGUGCUGUCUCCUGAUCGGGUCUCUCAGUUCCUGCUCAGGGUGAGUCAGGGAGGACCGACAGCAGCAUCUGCUGUGUUCGCUGGGUUUCGAUGGUUCAAUGAAAACUUGGGGGCUGGUUUCCCUCUGUCCCAUUUUCUUGUAAAACCUUUCCGCUUUCAUGCGGUCGGCCAUACAGCAAAGCAAGCGGCCGAGCUUCAGCCGUGGGAGUUUCUAAAUCUUGUCCGGAUUUGCAGCGAGCUGACAGGUACGCCGAGGGUGCUUGCCCUCUUUGUGCUGCAGGCCGCGGUGUCGUGUAUCCGCUUUGAACACUUCGGCCGAUCUGUGCUGCUGAAGGAUCACGGUUCUUGGUUAGAAUUUCGAUGUUCCGAGGGCAAAUCGCGCAAGAAGGGGAUUCGCCCGGCUUACAAUUGGGCCACCCCGGCUCUUAGGUUGUAUGGCGUUGAUUUAACAACUGAGCUCCGAGCUUUCUUCAAGAAUGAGGCCUUGCCGGAAUCUCAAUUUUUGUGGCCGGCAAUUCAGCUCUCGCGACAUGACCUUUGGCAGGUCACAGAAUCCUGUCCUUUCUUGCUUGAUCGGAAGCUUUCGGGGCCACGCUUUCUGGAGGUUUUUCGGGGUUUGCUUUGUCGGUGUGGGGUUCCACCGGCAGCAGCGGCCGUUGCGGGAUUUAAUCGUCUUCGACGCUUCCUGCCGACAGGCGCUCAGAUCUUGCACUUGCACCCUCAGGAAGCCCAGGCGAUUGGAUCUUGGGUUGAGAUGCCGUCGGCCGGCCCCGGGACGGACGCAGCUCAGCCGGCCCGACGGGUUGAUCUCAUGUCUACGCACUACUCAGGAGAACGAGUGUUGGCUAGCAUGAGGGCUAAAGAUAAGGUUUUGCGUCAGGUCGUGCGACACGACAUGGCCAAGGCUUCGAGCCUUCUCCCGAUUGAUGCGCUCAGGUCGUCUCGUGCCUUGGUGCAGGCAGAGCGCUUUCACUCAGGACCCGUCUUCGACGGGUUGUCAGUCUUCGCUGCUGUGCGCAAGUCGUGCCUCCGAUCCCUCCAACUUGUUGCUGCCAUGUCGGGCGCAGCUCGCGUUGACCUGCAGGCUUCGGACAAAGGUCUUGCAUCAUGUAUGGCCAUGUGCAACGUUACUCGAGCCUGGGCCGACGCUUUCAUUGGGCACCAUCGCCUGGAGUCGUUAGAGGACUUUAUCUACAUCGUGGACCGCUCCAAGUGGGAAUCCUCGCUGAAGGAACUGGCCGAUGAGGUUGCACCUUUGAAGGACAAUCGCCUUGCCUUAGCCCGUCUGAAGGCCGCCUACGAGUCGGGUCAUGCUGCUAUACAGAAUGCCCAAGCAGUUGAGAAGUCUGAUGUCUCUGACCUUGAUCAGCCGAUCCCUGAGAACUACUUCCAGCAACUGGAUCAGGAGUGGAAGCGCUCCUAUGGCAUUCGUAUCGAAGCACAUCUUGAUCCUUGUGACGCGCUGCGGGGGCGCAUUUGGCGGGAGCUCAGGAGGCGCACACUGACCCUCCUAGACAUGCGAAAAGUCAAGUCUGUGGUCGGCGGGUCGUCGCCCUUGGAUGAGGAGCGUAUCACCCUGGAAGGGGGAGUGAGCCUUCAGUUCGCAAAGGAGGGCUACAGCUCCCCGAAAAACACUAUCGAGUACUACCUGAGGCUGCGGACUCUUUGCUACGCCUGGGCCUUCUGUGGUAACUUCAAGCAGAAGUGCUUGGAUGGCACCGAUCGCCUGGUCAUGCCGUUGCAGGUGGCCCUGGAUUACGCGGACUUCGCUCUCCGCCAUACCUCAUCGUAUGGCAACGGGGCCCUGCCAUGGCUGCAGAGAAACGACACACUUACGCGUGGUAACAUGUGCGCUAAGGUGAGGCGGGGGCUUACGGCGGCCGUUGCCUUGGAGGAGGCCCUCCGUGAAACUCACUUGGAGUGGAGGUCGCCAGGUGCUCGGAUGUCUGAGCCUUCCCAAGUGUUGGAGACUCCCGAGCGGCCGCUCAAGCGCAAGCAUCCAGACCUGGCCACAACGCCCCCACCGCCACCGGCGCCAUCGGGAGGCCGCGUGGUCACGGUGAGCAUGGCGAAGGGGGAGGGCCCAGCACACGUGUGUGAGGCCAUGGCUGAUUCGAGACUUCUGGAUGUGGUGACAGGAGCCCGAGGUGAUUCAUCAGUCGUGGCCGAGUCACUGGUCCAGAGAGCUGACUUCUCAGAGGCAGCAUGCUUGUCUCUUCUUCAGCUGAUGUUCCCAGUGCCGACUCAAAACCGGCGUUGUGAGGUCUUAGGGGACAGUGAUGUUGUGCAUUACUUUGUGCUCGGGGUGUUCUCCCGGCCCGGUGCCACUGGUGUCACAACAAAGACCCGCCAGUCUUCUGCUGAAGUGAGGUACCUGAAUAUGUGGAUGAGGCGCCGAUUCCCUGGGCAGCAGUGGCUCAGUAUCGCUAUUUCCCAUAAUCAGGUCGCACUGCCACAUACUGACGACAGGAAUGCCGAGGGCUCUCUUAACCAUUCGGUUUGUUUGGGGGAUUUUCAGGGCGGACAGCUGUGGCUCGCCGAUGAGCGCGACGGUGAUGUGGCCCUGACUCUGCCAGGCACCGACCGGACUGUGAUGGGCAAAGCCGUGAACAAUCAUGGUUCAGGUUUUUCCUUUUGUCCUCGAAGGCUCCAUGCUUCUUUGCCGUGGUCGGGUGACCGCUGGGCAGUUACGGGAUUCACACCUUCCAAUGUUCAGGGUUUGUCUGAGGCGGAUCGCCGUCUGCUUCUGAACCUCUUGUUUCCCGGCCCUGUUUCCCCCGAUCAUAAUUCGGCUUGGUCUCGGGUUGUCAAGGCCAGUUGCCCCGCGAAGGAUACACUUCAUGGGGACAAUGGUCCGUCAGGCACCCCCCGUAAGGUGGAGUUGUCCGACGGUGCGGACUCCUCAGGUACGAGCAAUGCUAGUCAGGAGCAGCAGUCCAGUCAAAACCGCCUUAUGAGCCCUUCGCUUCCCGAUGUUCAGGCGCUGGCAAGUCGUAUGGCUGCGGCUCGCCCGGUCACAUGGCGGGGUUCGGGUGAUCUGCUCCAAAUUCCCGGUCUUAGGCCGCCUAGUGGGGCGUGGCUCGUGCUUGACCUUUGGGCUGGUUUUUCAGGGUUGUGCAUUGCGCUGCUCUCUUUGGGGCUUCACUUCUAUGGGCUCGCUGCGGAAUCUUCAGCCGAAGCUCGUGAAUGUGCCCGGAGUGUGAUGCCAUCCUUGGUGCAUGUCCCUGACGUGCAAUGUGUUUCAGUGGAGGCGCUCCUCCCCCUUGUGCAUCGCCGUAAGCUUCGCGGAAUAAUUGUGGGGGGCGGAAGCCCAUGCCAGCCAAACUCUGCACUGAACGGAAACAGGAAGGGCUUGCGGGACCCACGAGGCCAUGCUCCGUUUUUUCUGCAGAAGCUUGUGCGAUCUCUUCUCGAGCAUGAGGCUUUCAAGCAUUUGGAAGUGAUUUGUUUCCUUGAGAAUGUUGCGAGUGCUCCUCACGAGGUCGUGUGUCAGUACUCCAAGUGGCUGGACUGUCAGCCCGUGCGAGCCGAUGCUGCCUCGUAUGGUUGGACGUCUAGGAAUAGGCUUUACUGGCUCAGGGGACGCAACCGCUCUUUGACUUCUGCUGAGCCGCCCGCCGGGUGGUCGUGGUUCCACGAGCCCGGUGUCCCCGUGACCUUGUGCUAUGAGGUGAAGAAGCCUAUACCGCCCCGCAUUCAUUUUCAGGACGGGUUCCAGUGGAUCUCGGACCCGUUGGCGGUGAUGAACGGACAAGCGCCUGCGGGUUUUACUUUCACACGGGAGUUCUUUCAUCCUACGGACUUAGUGCACACAGUUUCUCCUGAUGCGGCAGCCCGUUUCAGUCAGGACUCCCAGAGGUUCCCGCCAGGGGCUUACGAGGCCCACUCAUUGGUGUGGCGGCGCACCGAUUGGAGGCAGCCAAAUCCUUCCGAACGGAGUCAAAUGCUGGGGGUCCCAGCCGCGGCUACAGAGGCGGUGCAAGGCCCUCCGGCAAAGCGGGUGCAAGCGCGGAAUUCCCUGCUGGGGAACGGGUUUCAUGUUCCCUCCAUAAUGGUUCUGUUUGCAAUGUUGCCCCAGCUUUGCGACUCCCGCUGUCAAAUCCCUCGCACAUGCUCGGAUCCCUUGAGAGGUCGGCUUGUGAAUACGGUUUGGGAGCCAGGUCGACUCUCAUCAUUUCCAGGGCUCUUGGAUGCUCAUGAGGUGACCGAACAUAUGCGCUCACAACUUCGGAAUUGUCAUGUGCACGACUCGGUCUGGAAAUCUUGUGAGUGCCGACUGGCGGCUUGUGAUUUGCCUCUUAUGCAGGCCUUUGCUGCUUGGCAGUGUAUGCGAGGGAUGGACCAUACGUUUCUUCCUCCUGCACUCUUGCAUGCUCGCACUCGAUCACGCAUUUACGCCGGCAACUCCGGUCAAAGGUAUUCCUCGGAACACGCGAAGGGGCUUGAUCACUUGUUGCCACCCGGUUUGGGGAAAGAAGAGCACAUGCGCCAGUCCUUGGAGUUGUCUUCGCCCUUCGAGGCGACGCCAUGGCCUGACGAUGACGUCCAGUUCGUGGCUUACUCGAUUGCGGUGUGGAGAGAUGAACUCCCUGUGUUGGCCCAGCGCCAGCGCCGUGUCUUGCAGACCUUGCAACAGGCGGUGGAGCCUUUGCGCACCGCGCUGCAAAAGCUGCUGUGUCCUAGCGCACUCAAGGUAUCUCCUGACAAGAAUGCGGCUUUCGUGGCUCUGCUGACGGCGAUUCUUCGUUGGCCCGAUCAUGGUCAGGCCGAGUGCUUCGUUCAUGGCUUCCCCAUUGUCGGUGAGGUCGCUUUUUCGGGAGUCUUCAGGCCCGUUGGGUCUGGACAGGCGGAUACAACUGAGACUGUAGAAGAUUGGCUGCUGCGUGAUGGCCAGCAGGCUGUUGACUCCCUGCUUCAUUCGCCACCGCCGAGGUGUGCGACGGAGAUUCUGGAGCAAACACAGCAAGAGCAGGCCAAAGGUUUCUGUAGCCAGUUUUACACUCGCGCUGAAGUGGAUGCACUAUUCGGGCGCGGGCGGUGGAGGCCCAUGGAGCGUUUUCUAUUGGUCCAGGGUGACAAUAAGAAACGCCUUGUCGACAACUGCCGAAAAACUGAGCACAACCAGCACGCUUCCUUGUUCGAAACGAUCCACACGGUCAGCAUCGACUUUGUCGCGACUUGCAUUCGAGACACCUUCAAUUUUUUGAGGCGUCAUGAUUGUGACCCGGGGAGCGCUGACUGGUUGGCGACCCGUCUGGGCACGGACGAUUUGCCUGAUGCCUAUCGAGGACACCCCGUGUCGGAUCGGCACCUUCCCUUGAGUGUGGUUGCAAUCUACGUGCCGGCAACGGGAUGGCGAUUCACAAUCUUGUAUGGCCUCGCAUAUGGAUUGGAGGCGGCCGUGGUGGCCUUCAACCGGCUGCCAAUGCUAGGUGUCGCUGCGGCCCGGCGGUGCACUUCGGCCAUGUGCGCCGCGUACUUCGAUGACGAGUUGUCAGUCGAGUUUCUCCUCUGCCAGGAUGUUUCUAGGUUGGGGUUGCACCUUUGCUUUCGGUUGCUAGGUAGUCCCCCUCAACUUGCCAAACAUUUCCCUCCGGCGGCAAAUCGGCACUACUUGGGCACAUCCGUGCAUGUGGGAUCCGCGAACUUGAGUUUGCAGGUACGCUUUCAGCCAAAGUUCCUCACUCGCUGUAAGGUCUUGCACAGCCUGGAUACUAUCCUGGCGGCCGGCGUUUUGGAUCGCGAUGGCGCAGGCAAACUUAGACGUGACUUGCAGUGGCUCUUCUCCAUGGUCUCUGGUCAUGCGGGGAAGAUCGCAGCACCGACUCUGGCUCGCCAUCAGAAGGGAGAUGAUCCGUCUUUGACCCCCGCGUCUAGGAGUGUUUUGAUUGCCCUCAGGCACAUGAUCUCUCACGCCACGCCCAGGGACGUGGAUGUCUCCCAGAAGUGCAAGCCUGUCACCACGGUUUACACGGACGCCUCCUUUGAGGACCAUGAGCUGCGAGUUGGGUGGGUGAUCUUUCCGCCUGCUCCACUCCGUCCGUCAGCUGGGACGUGUGUCGUUCCUCCUGAGGCCAUCCGUGAGUGGAAGGAGCGCGAUCAACAAAUUUUUAUCGGUGAGACUGUGGCGGCUCUGAUCGUCCCGCUGCUACAGCCUGCCUUCUUCGAGCAGGCGGACGUUUUAUGGUUUAUCGAUAAUUCUGCUGCGGUGUCUACCACUAUCAAGGCAUCAUCUCGUCAAGAUGACGUGCAUGAAGUGGCAGUGGCUGCUGCUUGCGUGCGGGCACAGCUUCGCUGCCGCGCCUGGUUUGAAUGGAUAGACUCUGAAAGCAACCCAAGCGAUGGGUUGAGCAGACUGGGACUGCGCGACGACUGGAGUCGAUCUCAGAACUGGGAUCUCGUGGAAUACACGUUUCCGGCUAGCGCUUUUCGGACCCGGAUUCUCGAGUGGCUGCUUCAGUGA